ACUGUUUCCACUUCAUACGGCACGACCUAUUCCCUCCUCCCGGCUUCUCCCACCCGAAAACCCUACCGUCACGCCGCCGCCGCCAUGGCCUCCUCCUCAUCUCCGGCGAAGCGCCGGCCACCGGGCCCACUGGCUCUGGGUCUGGAGUCCUCGGCCAACAAGAUCGGCAUCGGCGUCGUCUCCAUGUCGGGGGAAAUCCUCUCCAACCCGCGCCACACCUACAUCACCCCGCCCGGCCACGGCUUCCUGCCGCGGGAGACGGCGCAGCACCACCUCGUCCACCUCCUCCCGCUCCUCCGCGCCGCGCUCGCCGAGGCCGGCGUCUCCCCCGCCGACCUCGCCUGCGUCUGCUACACCAUGGGCCCCGGCAUGGGCGGGCCGCUCCAGGUCGCCGCCGCGUCGGCCCGGGCCCUGUCGCUCCUCUGGGGGAAGCCGCUCGUCGCCGUCAACCACUGCGUCGCGCACAUCGAGAUGGGCCGCGCGGUCACCGGCGCCGUCGACCCCGUCGUGCUCUACGUCUCGGGCGGCAACACGCAGGUCAUCGCCUACAGCGAAGGCAGGUACAGGAUCUUCGGGGAGACCAUCGAUAUUGCCGUCGGGAACUGCCUCGACCGCUUUGCCAGGAUCCUCGAGCUUUCAAAUGACCCGAGCCCUGGGUAUAACAUUGAGCAGCUAGCAAAGAAGGGAGAGAAGUUCAUCGAUCUCCCUUAUGUUGUAAAAGGUAUGGAUGUGUCAUUUAGUGGCAUAUUGAGCUUCAUAGAAGCUGCAGCGAUUGAGAAGCUUAAAAGUAACGAGUGCACACCUGCAGACCUAUGCUACUCAUUGCAGGAAACUCUCUUUGCUAUGCUUGUUGAAAUCACUGAACGUGCCAUGGCACAUUGUGAUUCAAAGGAUGUUCUUAUUGUUGGUGGCGUUGGAUGCAAUGAACGUUUGCAAGAGAUGAUGAGGAUUAUGUGCUCAGAGAGAGGGGGUAGGCUGUUUGCAACUGACGAUCGAUAUUGUAUAGACAAUGGAGCGAUGAUUGCAUACACUGGUUUACUGGCAUAUGCACAUGGUGUGACCACUCCCUUGGAGGAGUCGACAUUUACUCAAAGAUUCCGAACUGAUGAAGUUCAUGCAAUUUGGAGGGAGAAGGAGAUGCCAGUGUUAAAUAACAUCCAUUCUGAUGCAGUGACUGAAGUGUCUGUAGAUGGAGUCUCUCUGCCCACUCCAAUGGCUGUAGAGUCCUGAGAUCCAUCUAUGCAUUUGCUAGUGUAUUGUUUGCAUUUCGAUGAAGGAAUUGGUAUAGUCCUGACCAACUGAUGAUUAGUGUCCUUCUUUCGGCCACAGGUAAAUUCGUAGAGUUGCGGGUGCCUUCCCUUCAUGGUUUCAGAGGAACAUCAAAAUUCUGCGGUCCCCUCUGCUUGAUGAUCGGAAGCGUUGGUAGCAUCAUGGUAGAGUGCCUUGUACUGUUGUGCUUCUUACAACGACUGACUGGAAUGUCUCACCAGCUGCAGAGCUGGGGGACAUUGACAUAACCUUGUAACACGGACCCAUUAACGUUACAUAACUUUGAUCAACAUCUGGUCAAUUAACUUCCGAUCCUAUGUUUGAUCCCUGAAUUUCAUGUAAAAGCGAACUUAAAGUUGGGAUAAGUUGAUGUGGUUAGCAGUCCCCAUUUUGAAAGUUAUACUUUGGUAUUACCUGUUGUCUCCAGGGAACACAGUUAUACAUAUUGUUUUGUA